UUGGGGGGCGGGGCCCGCGGGGUCACGUGCCGGGGCCUCCCGCGCACAGCUGGAGGCGGUGCCCGGCCUCCCCACGAGCCGUGGGGCCCGUGGCGCGCGGGGCAUUGUGGGCCGAGGGGCGGGGGUUGGGAAGAUGGCGGCUCCCAGCCUCCUCAACUGGAGGCGGGUUUCCUCCUUCACCGGGCCGGUGCCCCGCGCCCGGCACGGACACCGAGCCGUGGCCAUCCGGGAGCUGAUGAUCAUCUUCGGCGGGGGCAACGAGGGCAUCGCGGACGAGCUGCACGUCUACAACACCGUUACAAAUCAGUGGUUCCUACCAGCUGUUAGAGGAGACAUCCCUCCAGGUUGUGCAGCCCAUGGAUUUGUCUGUGAUGGUACUAGAAUACUAGUGUUUGGGGGAAUGGUUGAAUAUGGAAGAUACAGCAAUGAGUUAUAUGAGUUGCAAGCAAGCCGUUGGCUAUGGAAAAAAGUGAAACCCCAGCCUCCUCCGUCGGGUUUACCUCCUUGUCCUCGGCUUGGACAUAGUUUCUCUUUGUAUGGUAACAAGUGCUAUUUGUUUGGUGGUCUGGCAAAUGAAAGUGAAGACUCAAAUAAUAAUGUUCCCAGGUAUUUAAAUGAUUUCUAUGAGUUGGAACUACAGCAUGGUUCUGGUGUCGUGGGCUGGAGCAUCCCAGCUACCAAAGGCAUUGUACCUUCUCCGAGAGAGUCCCAUACUGCGAUUAUAUAUUGUAAAAAAGACUCUGGGCGUCCUAGGAUGUAUGUUUUUGGUGGAAUGUGCGGUGCUCGCCUGGAUGACCUAUGGCAGCUUGAUUUAGAAACUAUGUCAUGGUCACAACCAGAAACAAAGGGGACUGUACCACUUCCACGAAGCCUCCAUACAGCCAGUGUCAUUGGAAACAAGAUGUACAUUUUUGGUGGAUGGGUUCCACACAAGGGGGAAAAUACUGAGAAUUCACCUCAUGAUUGUGAAUGGAGAUGUACCAGCUCAUUUUCUUACCUAAAUCUAGAUACAGCAGAGUGGACAACUCUAGUAUCAGAUUCUCAAGAAGAUAAAAAAAAUUCAAGGCCAAGACCAAGAGCUGGACACUGUGCUGUUGCAAUCGGAACUCGAUUAUAUUUUUGGAGUGGAAGAGAUGGCUAUAAAAAAGCACUUAAUAGUCAAGUUUGCUGCAAGGAUCUUUGGUAUCUUGAUACUGAGAAACCGCCAGCACCAUCACAAGUCCAGUUGAUCAAAGCUACUACCAACUCUUUCCAUGUCAAGUGGGACGAAGUGCCGACCGUUGAGGGCUAUCUUUUGCAAUUGAAUACUGACUUGCCAUACCAAGCUGCAUCACCUGAUUCUUCAGCAGCACCAAAUAUGCUAGGAGGCAGGAUGGACCCUCACAGACAAGGCAGUAAUAGCAUCCUUCAUAACAGUGUUAGUGAUACAGUAAACAGUGCAAAAACUGAACACACAGCCAUGAAGGGAACUGCAGUGAGAAACAAACCAGAUUUCAGAGCAACAGAGUCUAAUGCUGCUUUACAUUCACCUUUGGCGCCUAAUGCUUCUAAUAAUAACAGUUGUGUGACGGAUAUGCUAUGGAAGAAUGAAGUUGAUGAAAUAUGUGCUCUGCCUGCAACUAAGAUCAGCCGUGUAGAGGUACAAGCUUCAGCAACGCCCUUUUCUAAAGAGACACCUUCAAAUCCAGUGGCCAUUUUGAAAACAGAACAACAAUGGUGUGAUGUGGGAAUUUUUAAAAACAAUACUGCUUUGGUGAGCCAGUUUUAUUUGCUACCAAAAGGAAAACAAAGUAUAUCAAAGGUAGGAAAUGCAGAUGUACCUGACUACAGUUUACUUAAGAAACAGGAUCUUGUUCCAGGAACAGUAUAUAAAUUCAGAGUUGCUGCAAUCAAUGGUUGUGGAAUAGGCCCUUUCAGCAAAAUCAGUGAAUUUAAAACGUGUAUCCCUGGUUUUCCUGGAGCUCCUUCCACAGUCCGUAUCUCCAAGAAUGUUGAAGGGAUCCACCUUUCCUGGGAGCCUCCAACUUCACCUUCUGGGAAUAUUUUGGAAUACUCAGCCUACUUGGCUAUCCGCACAGCACAGGUGCAGGAUAAUCCAAGCCAGCUUGUGUUCAUGAGGAUCUACUGUGGUCUUAAAACCUCAUGCAUUGUGACUUCUGGGCAGCUUGCAAAUGCGCAUAUUGAUUACACAUCCAGACCUGCCAUUGUAUUCAGGAUAUCAGCAAAGAACGAAAAGGGCUAUGGACCAGCCACCCAAGUUCGAUGGCUUCAAGGUAACAAUAAGAAAGCACCUUUGAGUUGAGUUAUUUUUAUUCAAGCUGUUGUGAUGGUUAUUUAUUAGUAACUGGUUAUGAAGACCUGUUCUCGGAGAGUAUUCUCUGACUGUAUUUCUAGCAGUUAUGAAUUUGAGUUUGUAAGUUGUUCUUAAAAUGUAUUUGCUCAUUUCUAGAUCCAAAUAAAAAAUAGAAAGAAGCAAAGACUGAAAAUUAGUAUAUGGAUUCUUCCUUACCCAUAUAACCACUUAUAAAGAAAAAAAGAGCAAAACAAAGACAAAAGCUGUCAGGUGUAUUGCCCCUUCUCUUUUGUAAAGGCCUCGUAACUCAGUCAUCUGCAGCUACUGAGAUGAGUCCAGUAACUGGCUGUUGUACACCUUGCUGUGGUGAAAGUGUUCCACGUUGUAAAUGCCCUGCCUGAGUAUCCUCCUGCCUUUACCCCAUGAGCAGUGCUCUUCUAACAACUCUUUCCAAUGCAUAGGAUUUAUGAUACCUAAACUUACUCCUUUAUUUAUAGUUAUCACAAGCCUAAGAAGUUUAAAAAAAAAAAAAAAGACAAGUACAGGACUUCUGUCCUGUUUUUUUUUUUUGUUUGUUUUGUUUUGUUUUGUUUUCUCCUGAGAAUCCUAGCAAAAUAGAAAAAGGAUAGUGGAUAGUCUUGAUUGUUACAUGACCAAUAUAUCUGAAUAUAUCUUUAGCUAAAGCACUUAAUCUAUCUGGCCCUUAACUUCUUCACUAGCAGGUGAGAGAGGGGAGUUUUCGUGAAGGUCCCUUUCAGCUCUCGUGUUUUGUAUUUUCCUUAGAGGUCGGGCGGGUGUGUCCCUGAACGCUGUCCUUUGUAGCAGUCUUCCUCACUCUAACUGUGCUUUUCCUUGACUUCAUCAAAAAUCAAAGCGUGUGUCCUCCUCCUGAAGAAAGAAGUAAGCACCUUAACAGGACACAGGUUUUUAAAUAGUGUUUUAAACAUUUGUAAGAUUUUUGUAAAUGCUCUAGAUGUUUUAUUUUUGCAUUAUUUUUACCUCAAAAUUGUAUAAGCUUUUGUAUACCAGAAAUAAAAAGCAUUAGACAGCCAGUUCAGGCUCCUUACCACCUUAGAGAUGCAGAUAAUUCCGUGACCAUUUGGCUGCGGGUAACUUACUUUACACCUUCUGAAGUCUCUUAGUUUGACCGCCUAGUCAGUUUGGAAAUGAGUGCGUACAGGCAGUAGCUGCAGAAAAGACAUUUCAGGCUGAGAGCUGCUGUGACUCAGGCCUAGCUGCUUCUGCCACAUAAUCUCAAUGCCAGUUUGAGGUGAUGAGUAGCAGCGCCCUCCAACUUUACGUAUGAUAUGCCCAGUGAAGAUGAAUCUAAUUGUGAAGAAUUGAUAUAUAUGCCAGUUACUAACUUAAAGUGUAUAGAAUAUUUUAAUAUAUAAUUUUUGUAAAGACUGGGAUUUUUAUACUACAGUAUUUGUAAUUAAUGCAUCUCACUAAUUAAAUUUCUCUUGAAGAAAAUAUGCAAACUAUUA